CUGUGUUCUGUCCAAACUGCCCUGUUCUGUUGCCAGCUUUUGUCUCCUCUUUUCUCUAUCCUUAUCUUCUCUCUCUCUUUUCGACCACAACACAUUCACAACACGCACACAGACAUAUAUAAAUCAAUAGACUGACACAAAAUCACAGCAUCAUCAUCAAAAACUCCACAAGCCUUUUUAACUCACAACUAAAGAGAUGGAGAUGCAAACAAAAUGCGACUUGGAACUUCGCCUAUUCCCGUCUUCUUAUGAUUCUGAUUUCCAUACAUCGGUGGAAGAAUCGAGCAGCUCUGAAAUUUCACAACCAAAGCAAGAAUCUCAGAUGCUUACCAUCUUCUACAACGGGCACAUGUGUAUUUCUUCAGAUCUUACCCAUCUUGAGGCUAAAGCUAUACUAUCGCUAGCGAGUAGAGAUGUGGGAUCAUCGUUGAGAAGUUCAGACGGUUCGGAUCCUAGUCCGAUGAUCACAAACAAUAUCACCACAAUUCAUCGUCAAAAGGCCUCUAUGAAGAGAUCUCUUCGGAGUUUUCUUCAGAAACGAAAUGUUCGGAUUCAAACAUUUAUUUAUUUAUUUUGGCUAAACUAAUUAAGGGCAACUUGCCCUUACCAUCGUUCCCGACAGCACUAAUAUUUAUUUAUUUCAAUUUUUCUCUCUUUUUUUUUUUUUUUUUUNGCUGCGACGUAAUCCAGUUGUGUUGAGUUUUUAUUUUCAUGUUUAGGAUGCCCUUAAUUAGUUUAGCUUUAGAGUUUAAAAGUUUCAGAUUGUUCAGCAAUACUUUUUUUCUUUCAGCAACUCGUGUUUAAGUGUUCAAGAAAGAAAUUUUACUCUUUUAGCUUCUAGGCUUCUAGCUACCUGGAUAGAUCUAGUAAAACAUUUAAACUAACUUACUAACAUAAGAACAAUUUCAAGUUUAAACGAUAGAUUUGAAGACAUCAAAAUAUUUAUUUUAAUAUAAAG